AUGUUGACUACACCAACACCCAAACUGAAAGUCCUAAUCUCAGGAGCCGGUAUAGCAGGACCAUGUUUUGCGUAUUGGAUUUCUAGAACCCGGCUCAAUACAUCAAUCAAAAUCAUCGAGCGGUCACCCACUCCAAGAUCUACGGGGCAAGCAAUUGAAAUUCAUGGUGCAGCUAUUGAAAUUGCGAAAAAGAUGAAGUUAGAAGAAGCUAUUCGUGCGCGAUUUACGACUGAAAAGGGUACAAUGAUGUUGAACUCGGCGGGAAAGCCAUUUGCAACAUUUCCAGCGGGUGAUACUUUCACAUCCGAUUACGAAAUUCUGAGGGCUGAUCUGUCUGAGCUCUUCCUGGAAGCGUCAAGAACUUUUGAUGGUGUUCAAUAUGUUUACGGUGAUUUUGUCAAAACUCUUCGACAAACAGAGACAGGUGUCGAUGUAACUUUCAAUGGCGGCUCGAAAGACACUUUUGACUUAGUUGUCGGUGCAGAUGGGUCCACAUCCAAGAUUCGAUCCAUGAUUUUGGAGGUAGAAGUUCUGAAAAAUAGUUACAAUUUUAUUGGCCAGUACAUCGCCUUCUUUAGCAUCCCGAGCCAACCAAAUGAUUCAAAAUUUUGGGAGAUUUUCAGUGCACCAAAGGGUCUAUGUAUGAUGACACGACCACAUCGAAAUCCUUCUACCAAGGGCGUCUAUCUAUGUAUCACAACGCCGAAACACGGAGUUGAAGAUCCAUUGGUGGAGCAGGCAAUGAAGGAAGGACCUGAAGCCACGAAACUUAUGCUGCAUUCAUAUUUUGAGAAUUGUGGUUGGGAGGCCAAGCAGAUAUUGGAGGGACUGGAUAAGUCAGAGGACUUCUACAUGGCCAAGGCGGCGCAAAUUAAGCUACCAAAGUGGACCACAGGACGUGCUGCCGUAAUUGGAGAUGCCGCAAUGGCAACUUUCGGAGUUGGAACUACUUUAGCAGUUGACAGUGCUUAUAUACUAGCGGGAGAGUUAUCGAAGAUCCAGAAUAGCGAUGACAUUCCAAAAGCCUUGCAGCGGUACGAAGAGGUAUUUCGACCGAUCUAUAAGAGAAUGGAGGAUCUUCCCCCUGGAUUUCCACAAAUUGCCAUGCCUCAAACUAGAUGGGGUAUGAGGAUAAGAGAUUCCAUAAUCUGGUUUGUAAGCAAGACGAAAGCUCAUAAGCUUCUUCCAAAUGAUCAAGGGGAAUCUGAUCAUGGAUUGCCGGAGUAUGAUUGGGUGGAGAAUUAA